CUCUGCACGCGUGGUGGCCUUCAAAACAAGAUGGCGGCUCCAGGCUAUUGACAUUUUUACUGCGUUAUAACAGGAAUUACAUGACUUAAAUGAUUACAAACCAGCUGGUUUAUAAGAUAUUGUAUAAGUAGAAUACAAAAGUUUUAAGAAUGAGUGACAUUCGGGACAUUUUGGAGCUGGAGCAGCCAGGACUUUACCCUCCAACCAAAGAGGCUAUUGUUUCUGGCAUGAAACCCAAGAAACCAAAGAGAAUUUCAGAUAUUCCAGCUAAGAGACCCGAGGGAAUGCAUAGGGAGCUCUUUGCUCUUCUUUAUAAUGAUAGCAGAGAUUCACCACCUCUAGCUACCUCAGACACAACACAGGGAUACAAACAGUUGAAAGCCAAACUUGGGAGAAAACAUGUCAGAACUUGGAGGUGGGUGCCGUUCACAAAUCCUGCAAGAACUGAUGGGGCUAUGCUACGUCACUGGAGACGUACUACAGAUGAAGCUAAAGAGUAUCCCUUUGCAAGGUUUAAUAAGAAAGUUGAUGUUCCUACAUAUACCGAUGAAGAAUAUCAGAUGUAUCUUCAUGAUGGAUCUCAAUCUACUUGGACUAAACAAGAAACAGAUUAUUUGUUUGACUUGUGCAGAUGUUUUGAUUUAAGGUUCAUUGUCAUCCAUGACAGAUAUGACACCAAGACUUAUCAGAGUCGUACGAUAGAAGAAUUGAAAGACAAGUACUAUAGUAGUGUAACAAGACUACUAAAGGCACGAAUACCUACAGGUCAAGAGCCUCCAGACAUGCCAGCCCAAUAUGAUGCUCAACAUGAAACAGAUAGAAAGAGACAACUGUUGAAACUGUACAACAGAACACAGGAACAGGUGCAAGAAGAAGAAACGUUAAUGUCUGAGUUACGUAAGAUUGAAAUGCGAAAGAAGGAAAGAGAGAAGAAACAACAAGAUCUUCAGAAACUUAUAACAGCUGCAGACAAUUCUGCUGAAAGCAGGCAAAAGCGUGAAAAGAAACCAUUGAAGAAAAAGCUACCAAAGAAGAAAGGAGAUGUAACAGAAGGGAAGCAGCCUGAAGUUACAAACACUGGAGUCAAAUUUCCUGAGAACAAAGGUGCAGGAGUUUUUCUAAGAAGUGCCAGAAUGAAAAUGCCUACUUCAGUAGGAACAAAGAAAGCCAAAGCUGUGGAACAAUUGCUGGAAGAACUUGGUGUUGAUCUUCAACCAAUGCCAACAGAACACAUCUCCCAACAGUUUAACGAACUGAGAAAUGAGAUGMUUUUAUUGUAUGAGUUGAAGCAGGCAGCCGGAAACUGUGAAUUUGAAAAACAAACAUUGAAACAUCGUAAAGAAGCUCUUGCUCCUGUCAAGUCAAUAGAAACUCCUCAUCCUCUCAUCUCUAAGACUAGUCCCCAGUCAGCUACGCCAUUAAUAGAUGCUGUUACAUCUUCCCCUGGCACACCCAACGCGAGGAAAAGAAGAACCGCUUCAACUUUCUUGGAACAAAGCAACCCUCUCAAGAAGACUAAACGUGUCUAACUAUAAGUGUGUCAAUACGUAAUGAUUGUAUAAGAGGCUGUAACCUGUAAUCUGUGUAAAUAUGUAACAUGAAAAAUAAACCCAACAUUGAUGCAUGUUGUAAUAUGCUGACC